AUGGCAAGUGAAAGAUUGAAUGAGGCUGAAUUUCCUGGACUUUAUUCUGGAACUACAAUUGGUGUUCUGAAGAAUACUAAGGCCGUUCCAAUCGGAGAUCAUUUAUAUGCAGCCAGAUCUGGGUGCACUGGUUGGUCGAUUCCCAUUAUCGAGAAAUUAACGGAUAUGGUUCAGGGUGAAAACCUUACUCCUAGACAAUGUGCAGCACAAGCAGCAUCUGAAUACAGAAAUGAGGAAUAUAAACUUACUCCUGACUGGCAACCUAUAAAUGGAUUUGACAUAAAAAAACAAAACUGUGGGCUUACCUUUGCUUCCUAUAAUGUGGCCAACCCUACAGUUGUCUUUGCUGGUAGAAAUACUAAAGGGGUUGUUACUAUUAAAGAGAUUGUUGAUUCAGGUACAGAUAAGGUUGUUGAUCCCACUACACAUAAUCGUGCCUCAAGAUGCCGAACUGUAAGGACUUUUAACUGCCAUGGUUCGGGAGCGCGUUUCGCCAAAGAAAAGCUCAAAAAGCAUUUAAGCAAAAUCAGUACGGGAUUGGAUGAAGAACUUCAUGGGAUGAUUCUGUUAAAAGCAUUGCGCUAUGCUUGUAAGAAAGAUCCACAUAGUGGAGGAGUAAUAAGAGUUGUGCUUCUCACAACAGAUGGUGUGACAGAGAUGUAUGAGGAGAAGCAAGAGGAUCUCAAAGAAAUUUUGAAAUAUUACAAAUACAGACAGAGACUACAGAAGCGACAUGAAAGUAAAAAGAGGCGACAUGAAAGGAAGCAGUGGCUAAAGGUUUACAAGCGCAUAAAGCCCCAUAAGGUCCAUAAAUUCUAAUCUUAUUCUUAUUGCUGAAGUGGAGAAAGAAACUUUAAAUGUUCCGACUAAAUUUGUG